ACAAACAAUGUUGCCGAUUCGUUAGAUUCUAGAGUAUUGUCAGAGAUUGGAAACAUUUUUUUAAGUGUAUUUUAUUUUGUAAUAAAAAUUAAUUUUGCUUACGAUUAUGUCUGUAACAAACUGUUUAAUAAAUAAAUGUAGAAUAUGUUUUCACGGUGAUGAAAACCAACAAAUGCAUCCCUUUUUCGACUCAUGUUUAGAAGACAUGAGUUUAGCUACAGUAUUUGUAAAUAUUACCUCAAUACAGAUUCAAAAAAAUGAUUGCUUUCCAAAAACUAUAUGUACAUCAUGCAAAACAAAUAUUGUGAAUUUCAAAAAUAUGUUGAUAUUUUUUCAAAAGACAGAAAUGUUUCUUAAGAAACAUAUAUGCGAAAAGAAAGUGGAAUAUGAAAAUGAGUUACAUAGUUUUCGUGAUAUUGAAUUUGCACAAAAUGUUGAUUAUUUUGAUGAUAAUGAUCAUAGUAAUGAAACAGAUAUCUGUGGGGAUGAAGAUUUUAACUCUUCAGUGAUGAAUCGUGAAAAUAAACCACCUGUAGCGGAAAACAGGGGAAAUCAAGAAUAUAACAAUAUGGAUUCGUUUAAAUAUACUUGUCAAUGUGGAGAUUGCUUUUUAUAUAAAAGUGGGUUCCGUCAGCAUAUGCAGUAUAAGCAUAGUAUUUUAUUAGAAGAUAGCGAUUUUGAACAGUACUCCGAAAAAAUUACACUAAAAAUACCUAAUGGAUUUCCAAAUAAUGUAGAAUUUGUUUCUUCUAAAGUGACAAUAAGAACUAAGAACUUGCGAUGUCGAAUUUGUGACAAGUCAUUUUUAACUAAAGAUGAAGUAAAAUCACACGAAGUAAUUCAUAAAACAUUCAUAUGUGAUCAUUGUGGUGCAGCUUUCUUAAAGAAAAAUUAUCUCGUCGAUCAUCUAAGAAUACAUUCCGAAGAAAGGCACUAUGAAUGUAAAAUUUGUCAAAAAACAUUCAAACAUAGAUAUACUUAUAGUGUCCAUAAAAGAUCGCACGAAUUUACUAGGAAUUUCGUAUGUGAAACUUGUGGAACAUGUUUUAAAACUAGAGGUACAAUGAGGACUCACAUUAGAAUCAAACAUAGCAACAUACGAAAUUACUCUUGUUCCGAUUGUAACUUAACCUUCAAUUUAAAAUCCACUUUGAAUAAACACUUUGCUAGAAAGCACACCCCAGAUAGGAAAAAAAGUUUUGUUUGUAAUAAAUGUGGGGCUGCGUAUUUGAACAAGAAUACGCUCACUCGUCAUAUAACUGAAAAACAUUUAGGCAUGGCAAAAUAUUUUCCUUGUACUAUAUGCGAAAAUAAAAUGUACGUGAUGAAAAAAGGUUUAAAAGCACACAUGUUGAAGAAACAUGGGAUUGUGUAUGAAUGAAAGAAAUUCUCAAUAAAAAAUGAAAUCAACAUACUCUUGGUACAGGAAUUUGUUUCACCUUGAACUCAAGGUAAGUAACAAGAUAUUUAUAAAAAAAUAGUAUAUUUUUGUUAUACAGGUUGUCCCAUUACGUUUGAGACAUAGAAGUACUCCAAAACAAAAAUAAUUAAUAAUUAAUGAAACAAGCUUGGACAAAGUCCUUAAAUGUAUGUUUAUAUGAAAUUAUAAAAAUAUAGUGGAUUUUUCAUAUUAUAUAGUAUGCCUCAUUAUGUUUGAGACAUAGAAGUCCUCCAAAACAAACAUAAUUAAUAAUUAAUGAAACAAUGUUUGGACAAAUUCCCGAAAUGUAUAAUAAUGUAUGAAAUUAUAAAAAUUUAGUGGAUAUUUCAUAUUAUACAGGUUGUUCCAUUACAUUUGAGAAAUAGAAGUCAUUCAAAAUAAAAAUAAUUAAUGAAACAAGCUUGGACAAAGGCCCGAAAUGAAAUUAUAAAAAUAUAGUGAAUUUUCAUAGUAUACAAAUUGUCCCAUUACAUUUAAGACAUAGAAGUCAUUCAAAAUAAAAUAAUUAAUAUUUAAUGAGAACAACUACUGCUACCACCAUCAUUGGGUUGUUUCUUUUUGGAAAGUAAGAUUAAUUUCAUGAAGGAGUUGGCUCAUUUCCGAUAUAGGGAAGCUUUUCUUUUGUAGGGUUUGGGUUGUGGUUUCUAACCUAACCAAACCUUAUUUGUAGGAGCUCAUUCACUAGCACUCCCCUGACCUAAGAGGUACUGCCAUCUCGUGGCAAAAAUGGCAAAAGCUUCAAUUCCUUAUAUAUUCGUUAUUUAACAAUUGAAACUAAUUCUACUAUAAAUCCUUGAUUUAUAUAAGAUUUUCGCGAAGUUUCGGAACAUUUUUGAACCUUCAGUGUUUAGUAACAGGUUAUAUCUUCUUUCAGAAUAGUUUAAUGGUUGCUGAAUAAUAGUUCCACCCAAAAUUUUCUUUUCCGUCAAACUUUCUAAUUAUUUUUGUGAGCCAAAAAAUACUACCAAAUAAGCAAUUAAGUAGAAAAUAAUAAAUUAUUGCAAACCAAUUUUUUUUAAUUUGAGCUCCAUCACAAACUACAAAAUAAUUGAAACAAGUUCAAUUAAUGAUUGUUGAAUCUAAUUCAGGGUGAGGCAACAUAUGGAUUUGAAUCAACACCAUUGGUAGCAGUCAGUGUAGUCGUGAGCAUCACCUAUAUAUAAAAUUGAUUAUAUUAGAGAUAUUUUUGGAUUGUUUUCGAUAAAAAACUACAGUAGAUGAUUAAUUAUUAUCCUUGUACAACUUAGUGUUAAAUGUAAAGCAAAAGUUGUGGUCUCUAUUUUGAUACUAUAUUUAUAAUCAAUUAUUUUUAGGGACUAAAAAGAACUGAUUUGGAAAUUAUUAUUUGUUGUAGUGUUUCUAAAGAGACUGACUGGAGCUUUGAUGAUAUGCUAAAAAGAUAUUUCUAUGAAACACAUUCAUUCAAUUAGACCUAAAAGCAAUAAAUAUACGAAUUGAAAUAUUGUGAUUUAUUAUUAAAUAAAAGAUUGUUUAUAUAAUUUUGUGAUUAAUGAAAAUCCAAGCAAAAAAAUUGUAUAGAUUAUUUUUUUUUAAAUAAAAGCAAUAAUGACCA